UCUCCAUUUGAUAUAUGUCAGACCAUCUCGUUUAUAUGACGGUGUACUCUGUAACAACCUAAAACUUCAUUUUUUUUCUGAGAAAUAUAAUGCCAAUGUCUUUAACAAGCAUUCUCUGCUUCCUCUAUCUCUUAUUUUCAGCUACAGCAGCUUCAAGAAAUGAGAAGCCAUCAGCCUAUGAAGACCUACAGCGUUAUGACUUCCCAAUGGGCAUUCUUCCAAAAGGGGUAAAAGACUAUGAAUUAAACACCAAAACAGGUGAAUUUUCAGCUUAUCUUAAUUCUACAUGCAGCUUCAGAUUGGAAAACUCGUAUCAGCUAAAUUACAAGCCUGUUAUAAAGGGUGUUAUAUCAAAAGGCAGGCUUACAAAACUGAGUGGUGUAAGUGUUAAAGUGGUGUUGCUAUGGCUUAAUAUUGUUGAAGUUAGGCGUAAAGGUGAGAAUCUUGCGUUCUCAGUUGGGCUUACAUCGGCGAAUUUUCCGAUUGACAACUUUGAGGAAUGCCCACAGUGUGGAUGUGGAUUGGAUUGUGUUGAUAAAGAGGAGAGUAAGGUUAGGCAGAAGCUUUUUGUGUCAUCUUCCUAGAGUAGGUACUUUGAUUUUGUUGUCUCUUUUUCUCCUCUUUGGAAAUAAGAAAAAGAUUGAUGACUUCUCAACUUUUCCUUUAUUUAUCCAAUAAUGCUUUUUUCUAA